CACUUGCAUCCAAAGCUCUUCUGACAACCCAGGUUCUAAACGAGGGCAGGAGCGGCAUGUGCAGGCGGCUGGGCGUGCGUGUGCGGGAGGUGGUGCCGGCGGCUGGGCUGGUGUGCGGGAGCUGCGCCUGUACGGGCUAUGGCCACCUUAAAGCGGGACUCCAGGCUCACCUCCUGGCAGAGCACGCUAUGUGGAGGACUGGCCGGGGUGCUGAGCCGCACCGCCACUGCGCCCCUGGACGUGGUGAAGGUCCUCGCACAGGUGGGGACUUUCCACUCCAAGCAGGGCUUCCUGGGCACCUUCCCGGCCCUGUACAGGGCGGAGGGGCUGAAGGCUUUUUGGAAGGGUAACCUGACUGCCUGUGCGCGCCUGUUCCCUUACAGUGCUGUGCAGCUGUCCGCCUACCACAGGCUAACUGUGAUGUUCAUGGAUGACUUUGGGCAGAUAUCACAGUGGCAAGCUAUAGUUGCUGGGAGUGUGGCAGGGAUGUUGGCGGCUGUUGUAAUCUACCCGACCGAUGUCGUCAAAACUCGUCUGAUUGUCCAGAACAGCGUGGAGCCCACGUAUAGAGGGAUAAUUCACGCUCUGUGUUGUGUGUAUUAUCAGGAAGGAUUCCGCUCUUUAUACCGAGGGGUUUCGCUUUCCAUAUUAGGAGCUGUUCCGUUUUCUGCUGGUCUGUUCUUUAUGAAUAUGAGUUUGGAUAAGAUUUGGCUGGAGCCUGGGGGCCGUUUAACACCAGUCAAAAAUUUUGUAAAUGGAUGUCUCGCUGCAGGAGUGGCACAGACCAUGUCUUUUCCCUUUGAAACUGUGAAGAGAAAAAUGCAGGCACAAAGCCAGAUUCUUUCCCAUUGUGGAGGAGGUGAUGUCCACUUCAAUGGUGUGCUUGAUUGCUUUAGACAAAUUGUGAAAACAAAGGGUGUGCUUAGUCUUUGGAGUGGACUGACUGCAAACUUGCUUAAGGUUGUUCCUUAUUUCGGUUUGAUGUUCACCACAUUUGAGUACAGCAAGCGGUUCUUUCUAUAUCGAAAUGGUUACAUUGUAUCCCCGUUAAGUAACCAGCUGAAACCGGGGGUGGAUCAGAGCCUUGGACCCCGAGAACUGGAGGAGCUGCGCAAGCUUUUAAGACAUAAGAAUUUUGCAAACAGGAAUCCAUCCCUAAAAAGCUGAUUAUGGAGGAGAGGAAAAAAUAAAAUGCAAAGUAUGUUUAUUUGUGUGUUGGUAUUAAAGGUUUUACUAAUUUUAUUAUUUAAUAGCAAUCCGACUGCACAUUUCAUUAGAAUCUUUUGUGGUCAAACAUCAUGGUUAAAUGGGUUAACCUCCGUAAGGCUGGGAAUGCUCAUGCUGUUUUCUGAUCAAAAGCCAGAAGGCAUCCAGCAGAAAGUAUAAAAGCCUCCACGCGCAGAAGAAAAGGCAUCUUCUGACUCUCCCCUGGCAAAUGAUGUCGGGGGGGAGAGCGUAUUGGGCAUCUUGAAUUUCAACGCCUGAUCAUUUUGUCCUGAGGGAAGAUGAGCUACGGCCAGAGAUGUCUAGCUGCGUCUUACUCUCCUCUCCCCCAUUGAAAACGCAUUCAUGCUUGGCAGAACCGAGCAUUUGGGUGUAUGGAGGAGUUGGGAGGAAUAGUUGUCGGCAUUGGCCAACAAUCUAUUGAAGGUGUACGGGCACCUUCAGUCUUUUCUUAGUUUCCCAUUGAUGUUGAACUUUAGCUCAAAAAACUGCCACAAAGUGUUUUUAGUUCCAGUCUAAUAAAUCACUGUUGCGUAUUUGUAUUCAUAUUUGCAAUGUUGACUGCUUUGUCACCAGUACUGCAUGUUCGGUAUAUGACUGUUACAGGAUAAGAGACAUAUUAUGCAUUACAAAGUAUAAAGGGAAUCGGUCAGCUCCAUAUUUCCUAUUUAAAGUACAUAGAAGCGAUUCCCUACAGCGAUCCUACAGAUGCAGUUUUGCGCUUCAUGAGUUUCCCUCAAACUCUACUAGUGAGCGAUUUUAAGAAAUUUUAGAAGGACAAGCCUUCAUGUUCGAUAAAUCUGGUCAUCGCUCUCUUCAUGAUGUGAUGUUCCAUCAGCGACAAUAAGGGCAUCUUGUAUAAAAUAAGCGGACAUCUUGACCUAUACAUAAUGGACUGUGAUUCCGCCAUACUAAGGGUACUUUCACACUUGCGUUUUUCUUUUCCGGCAUAGAGUUCCGUCACAGGGGCUCUAUACCGGAAAAUAACUGAUUAGGCAUAUCCCCAUGCAUUCUGAAUGGAGAGUAAUC